GAGAGUGAAGCAAAUUAAUUAGGAAAUGGGAAGGAGCCCUUGUUGUGAUGAAAGUGGCCUCAAAAAAGGCCCUUGGACCCCUGAAGAAGACCAAAAGCUCAUCAAACAUAUCAAAAAUCAUGGCCAUGGUAGCUGGAGAGCCCUCCCUAAACUCGCCGGGUUAAAUAGAUGUGGGAAGAGCUGUAGAUUGAGGUGGACAAACUACUUGAGGCCUGAUAUAAAGAGAGGAAAAUUCUCUCAAGAAGAAGAGCAAACUAUUCUCAAUCUCCAUUCUGUCCUUGGAAACAAGUGGUCGGCAAUUGCAAGUCAUUUACCGGGACGAACAGACAAUGAAAUCAAGAAUUUUUGGAAUACCCAUUUGAAGAAAAAGCUUAUUCAGAUGGGUUUUGAUCCAAUGACCCACCGUCCUCGAACUGACAUAUUUUCAAGUUUGCCACACAUUAUAGCCUUGGCUAGUCUUAAAGAGCUAAUGGAGAAUCCUUCAUGGGAAGAACAAGCAUUGAGAUUACAAGCAGAAGCUCUUCAAAUGGCUAAGUGUCAAUACCUUCAAUACCUCCUUCAACCACCUUCAUUAACCAACAUUAAUCAUAAUACUAAUAAUAAUAAUCCUACUGAAAUUGAAAUUAUGAAUUUAAUCAACUCUCUUUCUUCUCCUCUCUUUGAAAACCAAAUGAUGACUCAAACUAAUAAUAAUCCUGUCCAACCACUCGGUACUGACUCAGUGGGCCUCCUCUUUUCCCAUUUGCCAAGCUUGGAAGUAGUUCCAAAUAAUACAAAUACUUACGAAACGACGCCGUUCAUUGCCAAGGAAAUGUACUCACAAAAUAAUGAAGUUUGUGAUCCUAAUAAUACUCCAUGGCAACUGUCUUCUUCUUCCACCGCCCCAUCGCCACCGUCCGUCGCUCCGCCGAUGAAUAUUAUUCAUGACGGACCUUCUUCAAACAGCAAUAAUUAUGGAGAUGCAUGUAGCAGUUCAAGCUUUGGCGGAUCAUCUGGUUCCAUUUGGCCGGACCACCUCCUCCUUGAAGACGCUUUGUUUCAUGAUAUUCCUUCGCUUUAA